AUGUUCACCACGUGGGAAGAUGCUGACAAGCAUGCCACAGAAGUCGAGCAAAUACUCGACAUUAGCCAGGCCUGUCAGCCCGAGUUAAACAAUUUCUUCUCGGCUCGAGGAGCAUCAACACUGCCAUCGGAAAAGGAGACUUUCCCGGCAGUUGCUUCGGCUGUGGGAAGCAAGGGUACCGCCGCUUCGAGUGCCCCAAUUGAUGAUGAAGACGAAAGCAUUUUGUAUAUGGUGAUGCCUUUCCUUCAGCUCAUUGACUCUCCUCCAUUCGAGAUCCCUCAAGAGGUUACCGAGCUCGUUGACCAACUAUUGGAAGACAAGAUUGAAAUCACUUCAAAGGGACUCGUGUUUCUUCAUGAGCAAGGGGUGGCACAUCAUGAUUGUGCAUACAAGAACAUAAUGAUGGAUGCAUCUGCUAUGUAUCCUCGGGGAUUCCAUCCCAUACGGGAAAAUCUUCUUCCCAACACGCAAACGGCUGCUCCUCAUUACUCACGCAUCGAUGUACCAGUGAAAUACUAUUAUGUUGACUUUGGGAUAUCCAGCCAUAUCCCCCCGGAUGCCGAGAACAGACUAGUCGUUGGAGUUGCCAGUAGAGACCAGGAGGUUCCCAAGCUCUCACGGCGCAAGAAACCAUAUGAUCCAUUCAAGGUCGACAUCUUCAUGAUUGGCAACCUCUUCUGUCACUACUUCCAUGAUGUUUUCUCUAACGUGGAGUUUCUCGAGCCUCUGAUAGUAUCGAUGAUGAGGCAUGAUCCUGCAUUGAGGCCUAGUGCGGAUGAGGCUCUUGCUCAGUGGAAGAGCAUAAGGCCAGUGUUCGGCGGGUUUCCAGUGAGAUGGAGGCUGAUACCCCGAGGUGCAUUAUGGCCAAAGCACCUCUUCCUGGGCAUCGUUGGUUUGCUCAGCACAAUCAUCCAUGCUAUGUACUGGCUCACAACAUUCGGGAUUAGUAUGCAAGGUUAUUCACGAAGCGAGCUAGGAUUUUGCGCGCGGCAGCACAUCUGUUGGGCUGGCAACCACAUCAAGCAGGCAUGGUCAACCAUUGGGAGCUCUACUACAACUCAUGGAAAGCCAACUGCCUUCGUACAGCACUUCAACCAUUUCACCAAGAGGACAUAUUUUGAAUAUCUCAAGCGACUUGUAUCUUCCAAGCACCUCACCUUCUCCAUUACCACCAUCCGAUCUGCUGUCACCAAGUUCCACAUCCAUGUUACUUUGAUCAAUGACCCUUACAGUAGCAGAUGUAUUGGCCAGGAAAGCUCACGGGAUGUAGAUGAUGAGUCGGACAACUUGGACCUCCAAAGGCAUAGUAGUAUUGCGGCCAGUUUUGACCCAGGUGUCGACUUUAUGAGGAUACAGUUGACACGAUUACCUUGUGAUGGGGACCUGGUGCUGUAUGUAUUGUUUCAAGCUCGUUGUGCUGGGCACGCUAUGUGA